GGACCCAUUUUUUACCACUUUGACUCACUUUUUCUUGUAAAGAAGAACGCUGACUCACUUUCCUUCUUAGUUCCUCUCUCACUCACUCUCUCAGUCUCAAGCUCUCUCGCUCAACAAUGGCUUCCGAAGGCGAAGACAAAGACAAAGAGAGAACCACCGUCCGAGUCUCAAACAUUCCUCAAACUGCCAUAGCUCAGGACCUCUUGGCCUUCCUCGAGUCCAAACUCGGUCCUGACUCAGUCUUCGCCCUCGAAAUCAUGACCGAGCGCAAGAAUUGGAAGUCCCGUGGCUUUGGCCGGGUCCAGUUCACUACCCUCCUCGCGAAAUCCAAAGCCUAUUAUCUCUCCCUCCAUGGCGAACUCUAUUUCCAGUCCCAGAACCUCAGAAUCUCCGAAUCCUACGACGACAUCGUCGUACAACCCAUCGACCCCAAACACCGCCUCGACGACGGAGUUUUUCACGUGGGUUUCAUGAGAACGGAGGAUCGGAUGAGCGUGUUGGAGUCUUGGGAGAGUGUGCGAGCAUGGGUUAUGCCCGAAAGGGGUAGGGUCGAGUUCUGGGUAUGGCAAGGAGAAGAAUGUUACAAGCUGGAGAUUAGGUUUGAGGAUAUUUUGGAGAGUGUUGGGUACUAUUCGGAUGGCGGGAAUCUGUUCUCCAUUCUUUUAAAGCUAAAAUAUGGACCAAAGAUUUAUAGGAGAUUAUCUGGGCCUCAUAUAGCUUCGAGAUUUAUUGCUGAUCGUUAUCAUAUUUGCAAAGAAAAUGUUGAGUUUGUUUGGGUUCGUACUACAGAUUUUUCUGGGUUGAAAUCAAUUGGUCAUUCAACCUCAUUUUAUUGGGCAUUGAAGGAGAACUUUUUAGCUUCUGAUACUUUUGAUUGUUUCCCUUAUUAUAGACAAGAAGAUGUAGAAGAUUUUAACUUAGAAGAAGGUGAAGAGUAUUGUAAUGUCUCUGAGACAGUUCCCCUUUUAAAAUCUCCUUCAAAUGAUAGUUUAGGAUAUGAAACCUUUUUCCAGCUUAAUUCUCUUGUACAUACCCAAAAGAUUAGUUUGGCUUCUGUAGAUAGUAAUCUCAUUGAGCUUUUCAGUAGUUUAAGUGAAGAAACCUUAAAAGCGGUUUUUCAGAAGUUGCAUAAGCUCAAGUCCACUUGUUAUAAUCCAUUUUCGUUUGUCAAGACUCAUGCACAUAUCUUAGAGAAAACUGUCAAAAGUCCUUCAGCUAACAAAAGACUAACUGAGACUAAUGUCAUGAGUUGCCACAGAGCUUUGAUUACCCCAUUGAAGAUUGUUUGCAUGGGUCCUGAGCUUGAAAAGUUCAACUAUGUUGUCAAACACUUCUCAUCAUAUGUUAAUGAUUUUUUGAGAGUGACUUUUGUCGAAGAAGAUUGGAGUAAACUGCCUCCUAAUGCCAUCACUACAACCAUCGAACAAGGCAUGUUUCCAAAACCUUACAGAACUGCAUUAUAUCACCGCGUACUUUCAAUUCUUCGAGAUGGGAUUGUUAUUGGAUCCAAAAGAUAUGAAUUUCUAGCUUUCUCAGCGAGUCAACUCAGAUCAAAUUCUGUUUGGAUGUUUGCUUCUAAUGAACAUAUAAAAGCCGGAGAUAUUAGAGAGUGGAUGGGCUGUUUCAGCAAGAUUCGCAGUAUUUCGAAAUGUGCUGCAAGGAUGGGUCAGUUGUUCAGUUCCUCAACACAAACUCUUACUGUCCCAGUGCAAGAUGUAGAGAUUAUUCCUGAUGUGGAGUUGAAUAAUGAUGGAAUUGACUACUGUUUCUCAGAUGGCAUUGGGAAAAUUUCUCUGCCUUUUGCCAGGCAAGUUGCACAGAAAUGUGGGCUGAACCAUACACCUUCAGCAUUUCAAAUUCGAUAUGGUGGAUAUAAAGGGGUGAUUGCUGUUGAUCGUAGCUCCUUCCGGAAGCUUUCCUUACGUAGUAGUAUGCUUAAAUUUGAAUCAAAAAAUAGAAUGCUUAAUGUCACCAAGUGGAGUGACGCUAUGCCCUGUUUUCUGAAUCGAGAAAUUGUUACCCUCUUGUCUACACUGGGCGUGAAGGAUGAAAGUUUCCUAGCAUUGCAACACGAACAAUUGCGUCUUUUGGGAAGAAUGCGGAUAGAUAGAGAGGCAGCACUGAAUGUCUUAGAGAAAUUUAAUAGUUCUGAUAAAUCUAAUAUCUUAAUAAAGAUGUUACAUCAAGGUUAUGAGCCAAAUAUGGAACCUUACCUUUCUAUGAUGCUUCAAUCUUAUUACGAAAACCAGUUGACUGAUCUAAAAACUAGAUGCCGAAUAUUUGUCCCAAAGGGUCGUGUGCUUAUUGGAUGCUUGGAUGAAACUGGUAUCUUAGAUUAUGGUCAGAUCUUUGUUCGCAUAAGCAUGACAAGAGAAGAGCUGCAAGCAGGGGAUCAGGAAUUUUUCAGAAAGGUGGAUGAUGAAACAUCUAUUGUUUUGGGAAAGGUGGUUGUCACAAAAAACCCUUGUCUUCAUCCUGGUGAUGUCAGGGUGCUUGAGGCUGUAUACAGUGUCGAAUUAGAAGAGAAGGAGUUGGUGGAUUGCCUCAUCUUCCCUCAGAAAGGAGACAGGCCUCAUCCGAAUGAAUGCUCUGGUGGUGAUCUUGAUGGGGACUUGUAUUUCAUUAGUUGGGAUACUGGUCUCAUCCCACCACAAACUGCAUCCCCUAUGGACUACACUGGACGAAGACCUCGUAUAAUGGAUCACAACGUGACCAUAGAGGAAAUUCAAAAGUUUUUUGUUGACUACAUGAUCAAUGACACGUUGGGUGCCAUCUCUACUGCUCAUUUAGUCCAUGCUGAUCGUGAACCAGAUAAAGCCUUUAGCGAAAAGUGCCUGCAACUUGCAACUUUGCACUCCAUGGCUGUGGAUUUUGCAAAGACUGGUGCCCCUGCCGAAAUGCCAAAGGCUUUAAAGCCUAGGGAAUUUCCAGAUUUCAUGGAGAGGCUAGAAAAGCCCAUGUACAUCUCCAAUGGGGUACUGGGACAACUUUACCGUGCAAUGAUCAGUUCAGAUGUGCAAGGAAGUUCAAACCUGGUUUGGUCAGAGGAGGUUGCUCGAUCAACUUAUGAUUGCGAUCUUGAAGUGAGUGGGUUUAAGGACUUCAUUGCCAUUGCUGAGAGCCACAGAGAUAUGUAUAUGGAUAAACUCAGUGGCAUAAUGAUCUACUAUGGAGUGGAGACUGAGGAUGAAGUACUGACAGGCAAUAUCCGAAAGCGAGCAGCCUAUUUGCAGCGUGAUAACAGGAGAUAUGGUGACACCAAGGAUCGGGUUCUACUGGCAUUGAAGAAUCUGCAGAAGGAAGCCCGAGGAUGGUUUCAAAGCAGCUGUGAAGUGGGAAAUCAGCAGCAGAUGGCCUCGGCGUGGUAUCACGUGACUUACCACCCUGACUAUUUCCACAAUGGCAUGAACUGCCUCAGCUUUCCGUGGAUCAAAGGUGAUAUUUUGCUAAACAUCAAAUCUUUGAACAGCCGAAGGUAUUAAACAAUAGUUCUUGAAUAUAACCUCACUUUCCGGUCUCAGUUAGCUAGUAUCAAAGCUUUGAAGAAAGAAAGUGAAUACAUAGUAAGUUUUCCAUUUAAAUUGAUGUUCUUUACAAAGGACAAUCAUUAAAGGGUAAAAGUACUGAAACUGUGUCUUUUCUUUUUUUGAGUACCUUUGUUUUUUUGACAAAUGUAUUUUCGAUAAUUCUUAUUGUAUAUAUUUAGUAUUUUAACCA